AUGGAGGCGGCGGGCGGCGAGCAGCGGGAGCUGCUCAUCCAGAGGCUGCGGGCCGCGGUGCACUACACGACGGGCUGCCUGUGCCAGGGUGUCGCUGAGGACAAGGGCGUACUGUUCAGCAAGCAAACCGUCGCCGCCAUAUCCGAGAUCACCUUCAGGCAGUGCGAAAACUUUGCAAGAGACGUCGAGAUGUUUGCCAGGCAUGCAAAGCGAAGCACAGUCACUUCGGAAGACGUGAAGCUUUUGGCUAGAAGGAGCAAUUCUUUGCUUAAGUACAUCACACAGAAAAGUGAAGAGCUUGCAUCAAGUAACAUGGAACAAAAGGAGAAGAAGAAGAAGUCCAGUGCAGCUAAGGGAAGGAGAACUGAGGAAAAUGAAACACCUGCGACUGAAAGUGAAGAUUCCAACAUGGCAUGAUUUACCUUUCAGUAACUUUCUGGUCUUCCCUUACUAUCCUAGAAGACCAAGGUUAGCCUGCAGUGAUUGCUCUUGCAGAUUAGCAAGCUUAAGGAAUCUCUGUAAUUUUUUUAGGUAAACGUGCUUAGUUACAUUCUCUUGUUCCAAAAAUGAAAGGACUGUCAGAUUCCAACAAAGUUUACAGCCAAAAUGCCUUAUUUGUUCACUAAACAAAAUCUUACUGUUAUUAAGAAGAAACUCCUUUAUUGAUAGAAUUUAAAGCAAGGCAUAGCCACUGAGCAUAUUCACACCUCAGUAUGAGCAACUCCCUGCAAAGGACAAUUUAAUUUCUCCAAUAAUUUUUUGACCUCUUCCUCGCUUCCAUUUCUGACAGAUUUGUUUAGCUAUUAUAAACAUUUUCCUUUUUCAUAGCCAUAUCUCUUGUUGCCUUGACAAUUAAAGCAUGUUCUGUGUCAUUUCUCUCCUGUGAUUUUGUUGAUGUACAGUAAUCACCUUCUGGAAGUUGUGGGGCACUUUCCAAACGUUGUGGAUUACGGCUCCCAGUGGUGGUCGGAAAUCGCUACUGCCCUCCGCCGGUCUGAUGCAGGCUUACCAAAUGCUGACUAAAAAUUAAUUCCUCCUACCUUCAGAUCAAUAUUUCACAAUGGCACUUUUAAAUAUCCUCCUGUUUCCCAGUCCAGAACUGCUCCACCUCCAGGGAUAAGAUGAUCUUUUAAAUAAAUUAUUCUACUGACUAAUGCAGAGUAAUCUAGAUAGAUGAUGAUGAACUGUAGAGAUUCAGUAUUCAACAGGAAGUUUUUCCUCUUGAAAUGCUGGUGUUUCUUGACUUUUCAUAUAUAUUUUUUUAAAUAAUGCCCCUAUACAUUACUUUCUUGAAGUUUGUGUAUCAUCAUACAUUUCUUUCUUGAGGCUUUGUGUAUAGUCAUAUAUACUGGUCACCAUAUAGGAGAUGGAAGAGUUUGUGAUGUUUUAAGGAAGAAAUCAUUAAUGCAGUGUUGAAGACCAUUAAUUGAGGCUACUCGUUCAUGGCAAAUGUAUUUCUGAGAAAGGAAUCUGUUACAAGGUAGGUUUGUCUACUUGGAUCUGUAAAUAAUGAAGGCUAAGUUGGGGCUUUGAUAGUCUAAAUGUUUUGCCAUUAACAGAGCAAAGCAGCAGCCACCCCAGCUUUUGCCUUCUGGCAAUGUUCACAACCUGUGAGGCAUCCCUGCCUCCUGAACACCUCUAAAAUGUUCAUACUUAUGAAUCAUGUGCAGCACAGUUCCUGUGUUUUAACAUUUAAACUUCUUAAAGGAAGAUCAUCAAGGAAAUGCUAAUUUUUGCAUAGUUAGGGAACUUGCAGCUUAAAUGAGCUGAAGUGAAUCAAACACUUUUCAUCUAUAAAACAUACAUCUAAUUUAGUGUUAAAUUAAAUUACAGAGCAUGGUUUGUUUCUCCUGAUUUGCAUAUGCUAGAUAAGCAAAGAGUGACCAAAUAUCAUUUUCUGCUUUGAUCUACACUUGUCUCUAAUGCAGAUGGUUCUUCAGCUGUCUGUUGUCCUCGGCUACAAUUUGUCACUUUGACUGAAUGCUUGUGCACGUAACACUGCUGGAACAUGGAAGGUGCUGGCUGAAAGCCUGAGGUUGUGCACUGAAAUGUUUUGUGAUUGUUUGAUGUAGAAACAUUAGAUCUGGCAGCAGGUCUCUGUUUUCACUGACAGGGAAUUCUAGCUCUGAACUGAUGUUCAGAAUAGAAUGAUCAGAAGCUACCCAAAA